CGUCAGUAGGGAACCUGUACUGGUGCGUGGACGUGUACAGUGCGCGUCAGCCGGUUCCCGGAUGCACCAAACAGAAACAUGGAACGGGUAGUGGUGGAGGUGCCGAUCAACAACGGUUUUUCCCUUGCCGGCCCUUCCACAACCCCACGAAAACGUCAGGUUCGGUUUUCAGCACGGCAUGAUAUCAUCCUUCUGAGAGAGGUCAUCGCCCAGAACCCCUUUGCCUCCAAAGAGCCAGGACGGAUCUGGGCCCGUGUGGGGGAAAUUAUCACAGCAGCGCUUCAAGAUGAAAAUUUUGAGGUGGAUGCCAGAAGGUGUAGAGAGAGGACCAUGCUGCUGCUAGACUACUACAAGAAGCAAGACUUUCCCAGCCUGCGCAGGUUUGGAACAGAGAGGUUGUAUGCCCAAAAGGAGGAUCUGCUCCAUGAGGUUUUGGAGCUGGAGGCUGAGAAGGGGCUGCUGGCCAGCGGCGAGGGCACAAAGUACCAGGAUGACGAGCUGAGAAAGCGAGCCAUAGAAGAAUUAACUCUGCCAGAGCAGGACAAACCCAGCAUCACUAUCACACAAACACCCACUGCAGCAGAACCAGAAGAAGAUCGUGAGGAAAUAGCUGAGCUGUCAGCGGCGCCCACAGCCAAGCGACCCUGCCAGUGCUGCUGCCAGACCUACUCGGAGAUUCUCAGCUUCCUGGAGAAACGCUCAGAGGCAGAGCAACGGCUGCGAGAGGAGGAGCUCGCCCUUCGUCGAGAAGAGCUAGAGAUUCAGAGGAGUAAGAUCGCUCUGGAGAGGGAACGUCUGGGAGCUGAGAGAAAAGAGAGGGAACGGAGAUUUGAACUGGAAAGCCAAGAGAGGCAGGUCAUCUUAGACCUGCUAAAAGAGAAGGUGCUGAAAGGCUGAAGGAAAAAAUGCUUAACACCUGCAUUUUUUGUACCAUCUUGAAAAAGUCAAAGCAUGAAAUACAGGAAAAAACAUUGUUGACCGCUAAAAAAACAGGAAGGAAAACAAGGAAGUGGGACGUGAAAAAAGUGAUCAAAGAGAUGAACGGUGCAUUGAGAUUUAAAAUGUAGGGCAGUAAUGCAGGAUGUGCAGUUACCUUUGUCGACCUUAACAGCCAAACUAGUAAGUAACUUGAGUGUGUGGGCUCAUGCAGACACAUUCAAUUUGUGUGUAUGGUGCACAAAGUGCAACAGAGACAUAGCAUUACUGACAGUGUUUCAAAGCAUCAAUAUUUGCUUAAACGAGUUGAACAAAGCUGAUCUAUAUAGAUCCCAGUAGAAACUCCCUGUGUUUUACCCCUCGUGGCACAGUCUGCAUGAGAAUUUAAAAGCGCUGAAAUUACUGGGGUGUUACCCCGAGAAAUGGAAUGUAGAAAAGGGUGUGGUGUCUCAGGUGCGGUGAUCCACUGAGCCAAAACUGGAAAACAGCAUUGUCACAUGCUAGGAUGGUUGGUUGCACAAAAGAAGAUGAAUGCCUUUUCUUGUGUGACCGACAGCAGUAUGUUUUUAUGAGUCCCAUUAAAGGACACCAUUCCUUGUGGUACCAGGAUGAGGAAAAAUUGGAAAAUAACUAAGAAAAGUUGUAUAUUUAAGCAAUUAAUGUCAAAAUUAUGGUGCAGCUCAAGCUUCUGCAAACCCUGUAGCAUUUACCAUGUUGAUGACUUUACACAUGCUUUGUUGAGCCACUACUUUUUUCCAAUCUGAAGACUUUUUGAUUAAAGUAGAAUAAAAAGUAUAUUUUACUGACUGUGAAGAUACUGCACACUGGUAAGCACUUUUGUACAGCAAAAAUUAACACGAAAACAAGCCAUGAAUGUGUGUCCAUAUUAUGUACAUUAUACAGAAACUGUUGACAAUUUUUUAACUGAAAUUAGAUGAAGUGAUAAUGUCACAUUUUAGGUGCGUACAUUUCUUUUGUUACAAGUCAAAUGUAUGUCAUCAUCCUCAGUUUAACUUACACGUUCUACUGUUUUACAGAUGAUUUUUUUCUGCUUAUGAGUUAUUUAAUUAUCUGUUUUUUUAUUACAGGGCAGUUGCUACUGUGACCUGUGUAUUGUUUUUCCUUUGGCCCCCACAAAAUAGUAUAUGUUGUAAAAAAAAUGAAAGCAUGUAAAGCAAAUUUGUUAACCUAAAAAGUUGAACAUUUCUAUUCUGCAAUA